AAAUAUAUAUUUUUGUUUUUGUAGUAAUCUUGGAAUUUAGACAUUUCCUUUAUGCAGAAGAAAAUUAGACUAAAUCUCUAACUAAUUUUUGUGUCACAUCAAUUUUAAAAGGAUAGCUGAUUUUUGAAUUAUUUUCUUGUGACUGGCACUGUGGGAUCAGAAUAUCGGAUACACUCAGGCUAGAUAAGAGAGAAGGUACUGUAACUAUAGACUCUAACCCGCCGAUCUGGCCCCGGCAUUUCCUUUUUUAACUUUAUUUCUAAAAUUUAUAUUAAAUCGACUCGACAGGCAUGGAGGAACAGGAUCAGAUUCCAGCAGUGGCUGUUAAAGAGCCUCUGGACUUGGUCCGGCUUAGUCUCGAUGAGAGAAUCUAUGUUAAAAUGAGGAAUGAGAGAGAACUGAGAGGUCGAUUACACGCUUACGACCAGCACCUCAAUAUGGUCCUCGGAGAAGCCGAAGAGACUGUCACGACAAUAGAAAUUGAUGAAGAGACUUAUGAGGAGGUGUACAAGACAACAAAACGCAACAUUCCGAUGCUUUUCGUAAGGGGUGAUGGCGUGAUCCUUGUCUCACCUCCGACGAGAGUCGGUGUUUAAUCCUUACCUGAAUUUUGAUAUAAUAAUAAAAAGAAAAAUAAUACUUUUCAAUGUAAAUAAUUAUAUUUAUGCAUU